AUGAAGCUGGUUUCAGUCUUCCUCCUCCUCCUGGCUCCAGUGUUGACCUGCUGCUUACGUCUGUAUCUCCCGCUGGACUGCAGUGACAUCCGUAACAAUGAUAAAAGCCGACCCAGUGGAGUGUACACCAUCUAUCCCAUCGGAGCCACGUCUGCUGUACAGGUGUACUGUGACAUGGACUCAGCAGGAGGAGGCUGGACGGUGUUCCAGAGGAGGAUGGACGGCUCGGUGAACUUCUACAGGCCCUGGGAUCACUACAAGAAGGGCUUUGGUAGCGCUGCUGGAGAGUACUGGCUGGGCCUGGAGAGUCUCUUCCAUCUGACUCGGAGGAAAAAGGUUGAGCUUCGUGUCGACAUGGAGGACUUCAGUGGGAACAAAGUGUUUGCUCGUUACUCCUCAUUCUCCAUCGAAUCAGAGACGUACGGAUACAGACUGCAUGUGUCUGGAUUCAAUAAUGGAGGAGCAGGAGACUCCAUGAAUCGUCACAACGGACAGAAGUUCUCCACCUUCGACAAAGACCAGGACUCCAUCAGCGGUAACUGUGCCAGACACUCACUAGGGGCGUUCUGGUACAACAACUGUUUCGAUUCAAACCCUAACGCAGUUUAUCGCUGGGGGGCUGAUGCCACUAUCAAAUUCGUAGGAGUGGAGUGGGCCACGUGGAAGGGUCAUAACUACUCCCUGAAGACCUUCAGCAUGAAGAUUCGUCCUGUGCAGUAAUUCUCCAGAACGAACAAACAGAAUAUCUGUUGAUCUCUUUCUUUCUUUCUCUCUGAUCUAAUCUGUAACCUCACAUAUAAAUCAAAUGAAUAUUUUCAGCAUCAAUAAAA